GACAAGAUUCCACAACAGGUAUUUUCCUGACAACAAACUGAAUUCGUCGAAACAUGCCCUGACCAAACCUCCAGAUCGAGCACUGCGGAUGCUGAUCAAACCUCGAAGACUUCGUCUCUCUGGCCCUCUUUCGGCCUCCUCCCCAACUGAGCGCAGGACGCAACAGGGCCGGCGGGCGACGCGUCUGUCAAGAUGGUGGCCCCCUUGGUGAAGCACACGAUUGUGAAGAAGAGACUCAAGAGGUUCAAGCGUAUGCAACAUGACAGGAAGAUUGCUGUCAAGCCGAGCUGGCGCAGGCCCAAGGGUAUUGAUUGCAGAGUGAGGCGGAAGUUCAAGGGCGUUACGCUGAUGCCCAACAUCGGGUACGGGUCGAACAAGAGGACGAGGCACACCCUCCCCAACGGGUUCAAGAAGUUCCUGGUGGCCAACGUGGCGGAGCUGGACCUCCUGCUUAUGCACAACAGGACAUACUGCGCCGAGAUUGCUCACAACGUGUCCACCCUGAAGAGGAAGGCCAUCGUAGAGAGGGCUCGGCAAUUGAACAUUGCCCUCACCAACGGUGCCGCCCGCCUUCGCAGCCAGGAGGACGAGUAGACACAAGCACCCAUGUACAAUUCUGAAUACUGGUUCCUUGCCUUGGGACGGCCCCGCUAUAAUCACGUUGCACUUCUGGCACAAGUCAUCGUCAUGAUCCCAGCAGUCGUUCAAAUUUCACUUAAUUGAUCCCAUGUCUUUUGGGAUUGUGCAUGUUCCUACAAGUCUUAAGUUUUUUGUUGCCGGAAUCCUCUACUGCCAAUCAUGCCUUGAUUAGAGCAGCCCGGUCUUGGUUCAGAUGCAUUGUACAUGUGGUG